GCUAAAUACCGAAAUGGAAACCUGAAAUAGGGGUUUUAGAAGUAGAAAAUAUAAAGCCUAACCGAAAGGACUCGCUGUGUUCUUCUCUUUCCUGAGUGCCGAAAGAGUUUGAGCAAAUCGGCUCUUAUAUUAUGGCGAGAUCAUUAUCUCAAAUGAUGUUGAAGCGUUUUGCAUCCUAUCCACUUGCACGUUCAUCUGCAAUUACAUCCAGGUCUAUCCACCAGGGUGAAGUGCGGUAUUCAACUUCUGUGCCUAGUGACCCUGACACUCAUGAAGAUUUUAGACCUACUAGUAAGCUUGAGAGUUCAGGUCUUUCUCUGGAGAAUAUUGUUGAGCAGGAUGUCAAGGAAAAUCCUGUGAUGAUAUACAUGAAAGGUGUGCCAGAUCUUCCUCGAUGUGGAUUCAGCUCAUUGGCUGUUAGAGUUCUCAAAGAAUACAAUGCUCCUAUAAGUGCCAGAAAUAUCUUAGAAGAUCCUGAGCUUAAGAAUGCUGUAAAAGCUUUCAGCCACUGGCCCACAUUUCCACAAAUAUUUAUCAAUGGGGAGUUUAUCGGUGGAUCAGAUAUCAUCCUCAAUAUGCACCAGAGUGGUGAACUCAAGGACAAGCUGAAAACUAUCGUGGACAACCAGAGUAAAGAAGAAUGAGAUAUAUUACUGCUGAAGGUAGUAUUGGUCUGCCUAUGUGUCGAACGGUUAUUGUACUUCUGGCAUUGAGUUUGUAAUCUUUAGGUUUGGGAGCUGUAAUAAAAUACACUUGAUAUACCAUCUUCCAUAUAUUUGUGGAAACGAUGAAGAAUAUACAUUCUUCACACUUCCAUCUCUAAUUGAUUAAAUUGUUCCAGUCCAA